CAGGUAUACACCUGUCUUCAGAAGCUGCUUCAUAACUAUGUAAUUUAAAACCUAAAGUGUAAGGGUGAGCCAGUUCUCCAAAUAAGUCGAAGGAGUUGGGAGUGGAAAAAAGCAAGAUGAAUGCAUCUGGAGGAAGCUGUGGAAGCCCUAGUUCUGCAGAACCUACAGGAGAUUUCUUCAAGGAAUUGUGGUCCAAAUUGAAAGAAUGUCAUGAUAAAGAAGUACAAGGCUUACAGCUGAAAAUAUCUAAGUUGAAAAAGGAAAGAUGCUUGGAUGCAGAGAGGCUUGAAGAGUUUUAUACCAAGAACCAACAGCUCAGAGAACAGCAAAAAGCACUUCAUGACACUAUCAAGGUUUUAGAAGACAGGUGAGAUAGCAG